CAGCCAUCUUGAGCCUCUAGCAAGCAACAGACAGAGAAAGGCAGAAAAAGGAGUAAAAUAUAACAGACUAACCUGAGAAAACAGGGGUAUGUCCGCUAGAAUCAAGUGUAUAUGAAACAGUAAAGGUCAGAUAGUGUGGAACGAGCAGGGGACAGUAACGGACACGGUAAAGCAGCCAUCUAAGUGCCUUCGAUACCCGGACCUACAAGUCAUCUUUUUUGCCGGAGUGGGAAGGAGUCGAGUCGCCGACAGAAAAACACGUCCAGAGUAAAACCAUGAAUCCCGAAUAUGACUAUCUGUUCAAACUCCUGCUCAUAGGAGACUCUGGAGUAGGAAAGUCCUGUCUUCUGCUGCGCUUUGCUGAUGACACAUACACAGAGAGCUACAUCAGCACCAUCGGAGUGGACUUUAAGAUCCGCACCAUUGAACUGGAUGGCAAGACCAUCAAACUGCAGAUUUGGGACACUGCAGGUCAGGAGAGGUUUCGUACCAUCACCUCCAGUUACUACCGCGGGGCCCAUGGCAUCAUAGUUGUAUAUGAUGUGACAGAUCAGGAGUCCUACAACAAUGUCAAGCAGUGGCUUCAGGAAAUUGACCGCUACGCCAGUGAAAAUGUCAACAAGCUUCUGGUGGGCAACAAGUGUGACCUGACCACCAAAAAAGUAGUGGACUACACAACAGCCAAGGAGUUUGCUGACUCUUUGGCCAUCCCCUUCCUGGAGACGAGCGCCAAGAAUGCCACCAACGUAGAGCAGGCUUUCAUGACCAUGGCCGCAGAGAUCAAGAAACGCAUGGGCCCCGGGGCCACAGCCGGCGGCGACAAGCCCAACUUAAAAAUCGAGAGCACCCCUGUUAGGCAGUCUGGAGGGGGCUGCUGUUAAAGGACCCCUCGCUCCCAUCACCACGAUCAUCACCUCCACACCUCCACCAUCUCCACUGAAAUCUCCCUUUCAUCUCCUUCUGUGUUCCCGUCCCAUCAUCUCUGCCACGCCCACACCCCACCAUUCCUCCAGAACACCCUGUAACCCACACCCAACUCCCUGACUCCCCCUCUAUAAGCUGACCUGGAGAUCCAGGGAUGGUUGGCCAAACAGAGGUGUAAACUGUUAGUGUUAAGAUCAGAAAACAGAUUGAUUCAGACCUGUACGCCCACCAAACAACAGAGAGGAGAGCAAGCAGUCUGUGGCGGGGGGGACAGAACAGACACCAAGGCAACUUUUCCUUUCUUCAGAAAGGAAACACACACGGGGGAAGAUUAGUAUUGAUUUAGAGUGGAAUGGAGGCAGUGGAAGCUUAUCUCAACACACACACACUGUAAUGGGACGGAGGGGUUACAGAGAUUUAAGCCUUUUGGCCAAACACUUUUAUCCUCAGGCUGUCUGCUUUGGCUGAUUCCAUCUUAUGGCCACCCUCCAUCUCACCCCAGCCCAAACUUUUCAUCCCUAGAAUUAUUAACCUGCGCGUGCGCACACACACACACACACACACACAGACACAGGUGCAGUGUGCUUGAGAAACGCACCUUAGAUGCUCUGUACACAGUAAGAAGUGUUCCUGAAUAACACUGACUCAUCAUCACCAUUUAUUGCUGAAGACCCAGGGAAAGCCCUUACAGUGAGCCUCCAUCUGACCUCUUCCUCAGCUUCCACUCACACGUUCUUCAGGUGUGUUCAGACAGAAAGCAAAGGGAAUUUUCGAUUUAGGUCGUUCAUGUGAAUUUGACCCCAAACAGCCAAUGAACAGUACUUUCUCUCUCCUUUCCCCCCUCUGUAUGUUUAUGAAGUAGAUUCAUAAAGCAACAAGACGUAUUUGAUCACGUUGAAGCAUUUUCUACUUCCUCAGAUGUGUCUUUGCCUCAGUUUGUGCUGCCCAGGGUGAAUCUGCAUCUAUUCAUGUCAACUCAAGUUCUGUCUGAACACACUUUUAAGGUCACAGUAUGCUUCAAACACACCAGGAGGUACUGUACAGGGAAGUAGUUGUGUGAAGAAUGAAAAAAGAGAACUUGCUUCAGCAUCUUCACACGUAGCUAGUUGCUACAUAAAGUGAGCGUUGUUCUCAGACCAAAGUUACAGAAAUUGUCUGAUGCAAUCCCCCAAUUCCACCAUGGAAAUGGUUUUAAAUGUUAGACAGCAUGACAAGCAUUUCAUUAGAAGCAAACUGAAGCCUUGAAUGCCUGGUCACAUCAGAAAGUGGCAAAGCAAUGUUUUAUUUCACAUUCUCACAAAACAAGCUAGGAAGGGCUGCAACUAAUGAUCAUUUUCAUUGUUGAUUAUUUGUUCAAUUCAUCGAUUAGUUGUUUGAUCGACAACAUGGUGAAAAAUGUCUAUCACUGUUUCCCUAGAUGAUGUCCUCUAAUGUCUUUUUCUGUCCACAACUCAGAGAUUCAGUUAACUGUCAUAGAGGAGCAAAGAAACCCGAACAUAUUCACAUUUAAGAAGCUGGAAUCAAAACAUAUUUCAAUCCACUCCAAAUAGUUGGUGAUUAAUCUAAUAGUCAAAAACUAAUCAAGUAUUCAAUUAAUCCUUGCAGCUCUACUUAUGAGGCUAGUUGGCAAACUACAGUGGCUGGUAAGCUAACUUCUGAACAGCUGCAGUUAGCAAGCCAGCUAGCUUGGUUGCUAAAAGUAAGUUAACGCAGUUUACCAUCGAUUCCUGUCUGCAAACCACGUCUCUUUUGUGGAACAUUGUUAUAUAAAAAAAGGAUUGUAUAACACAGCUAAUAUGAUAGCCUCCUCCAUUUCUUCAGCUCUCUGUUCCCUCAAAAGUAGAACUGCCAAGAUGGUCAAUGGCACAAAAUCAGGUGUCAAAAAGUUCAUCAAAGUUACUCUAGGGAAAGCUUUGGGAAGAUUUACUUUGCCCAGUUCCAUUUAAAUAAAUUGGUUCCAGCUCAAAAUGUUGCCGUUUAUCUGAAUCCGUAAUGAGAUCACAGACAGGAGAAAGAGCUACAUGCAACCACAGAUUGUAGUUAGUUUUGAUGGAAGCAUUAACCAUGGGAUUUAACCAGACUCCCUGCUCAGCAUUUUCAGUAGAAGAAGAUGAAGGGAGAAGAAGUGAUGAGGGUGGAGUUUGUGAAAACAAUAUGUGGUGUUAGUUUUUCUUGUGUAGUCUUCAAAGGAAUAAUUGCAUAUGUAAAACAAAGCAACAUGACAUCAUGCUGUAACAUAAGGGCAGUGACUUCCUGGAAUGACACUAAACAUUACAGCCCAGGCGCAGAGAACGCUGGAGGAAUGACAGACUCGGUUUGACUUACUCUGACAAAUGGAAGCAGUUGGCAAUAUUCUGCAUUGAUCUUACAAUUACUAUUUUAUUAUUGUUGUGGUUUUAGUGUUUUUUUUAUUUUCUCAUUGAUACUUGUAAUAGAGACAACUGUCGGCAUUACUACAGUUAGCUUAAACUCUCUUGUUGAUUAUGUGACAUACUGUCGUUUGGUUCUCGCUCGUUUGCAGAUGAAGCUGAGGUAGAGAUGUGGUGUGGGUGUGUCUCUUGGCUGAGGGGUGGGGUCUUUCAAAAGCUGCUGUUCCUUCCCUCAGAUCCUUCUUUUUGUUCAUCUGAGUUGUCUCCCAUUGGCAUACGUUUCACAUCUGUCUUUUAUGUCCCUGGGCAUUUGUGGUUCCUUAUCAGCUGAUUCAGUACUCUAGUGUGUGCGCUUGUGUGAUCCUUUUUACACUUUAGUCCUUAACCAUAGUUACUAAGGUCUCAGUAAAUGGUUUAAAUGAACUAGGUCUCCCAAAAAACGUCCCACGUUCUGAAUGGCCACUCUUAACGGCAAGGUCCAAAGGCCGCCGCCAGAGAGAGGGGCGAGAUGUGAUGAGUCGCACCAAUGGGGAUAACAGUGCACACUCUUCAACAGCCUCUUGAAAAGGCAUUCAAGGCGUUGUACUGACGUUGACGGUACACAAACAAACUGACCAAAGUAGCCAUGUGAAGAAUGGAGAUGAGAGAGAAGUUCAGACCCUGCAUCAUUUCACACACCUCCGCACACAUUUUUGGAUGCCGUCCCUCCUGGUUUCAGACGCUGUUAGGGGAUUCAUCCAGCACUUUAGAGUGUGAAAUGUUGUCACUGAUAUCAAAAUAAUCUUCCGGAGCUUUCAUUGUCCUUAUCAGUAAAAGCUCUGGAAAAAGCCAGUAUGUGGACCUUGAGUUAAGAUGAUUUUGUCAAUGUACUGGUAUUUAUUUUUCAUGGCUACAGGGGCUUAUUUCUCUGAAGAAAAUGUUAUCAAUGCCAAAGUCUCAAAUGUAAAACAGUUAGAUGUGGGCUCUGUAUCGUUGUUAUCGUGUAGCAAUACCUUAGAUUUAGUACAGAUACCGUGCAAGAAACUACAAAUAUAAUAGUCAAUUGGCAAAAUUAUGAGCACAUAAUCUUGACAUUGGAAAAUUAUGUUUGGGAAAAUAAAUCUUUACUCAAGGUCCACUUACUGGCUUUUCCAGAGCUUUCAGCUGCAUUUAGUGCAUUUUUAGUACCUUGGUAACAGUGAAACCAGAGACGGGUAUGAGGCUGUUUACAUGCCUGGAGCUCUGAGCAGCUCUGUCAGGUGUCAGUGGAAUUUCCAGGGAAACUGGCAAAAAUAUGUGGAACAGAGCCUCAUCCCCCCACCCCCCUUAUACAGUGGCCUCCACACUGAAGUAAAAAUUCUGUUUCUCUGAGCCUCAACUUUUUACGCUGUUAAAUGAAGAACUAGGGAAUAUGGUGAUGUUGUGUAGGUCUGGUCACACUUUAAAGGAUGAACUCCCUGUACUAGAGUAGCAGUAGGGCCCUCUAAGAACUCACUGUAGUUGCUUUGGCUAUCUGUGGUCUCGGACACAGCAGGUCCAUGCUGAACAGAAGCCAGUGGCAUUGUGUGCCAGAACAUAGUCCGUCUCCUCACUUGUGUUGUGUUUGGGGGCGUCUGGAGGUUCAGGGAGUGACUGGUCUUGAUUUGCUGACCGGAUAUGAACUCCCACCUCUCCCCUCCAGACAGCCACGUCACUGCAGCCUGAUGAAUUCCUCAAGACCCUCCUUGACUGGCCCCCUCCGCUCAGAUAAAUGAAUCCUGGCCAGGCUUUCGUUGUGAUUGUGUUUCUCUGCAAGAAAAACUGAAACUCAGCAUUUCAGGUACAACACCGCCUCAGGGUGCUGAUGAGGCGUCACAAAGAGCAUGCAGCUGAACAAGUGCAAUUUCAGCUCCUGCAAACUGAAUAUAGAUGAGUCCACAUGAUGUUGAGAGCGACAGCCUUCCCUUUGUGAAGCCUCACCGCUGAUUGAUGGCUGAGCGAAGCACAGAUGUGACGUCCGCUACUUCUGAUCAUCUUUGCAUCACUCGGAGAUGAGUCGUGUGGAAGCAUCAUUUUACACAGAUUUUUAGUCUUGUGUCUUUCAGCCCUGUUGACCUGAACUGGGAUGCUGUGCAGGACUGGAAUCUGACGUUAAGGGGGAGGGAAGGAAGCAGCAGUAAGUGUGUGUAUGUGUGUGUAGGUCGAGGUGGUGUGUUAGAUUCCUGACUUUUCGGACAUGUUGGCAUCACGGCAGUCUCGCUUUAGUAGAUGCAGAACAAGCAAUCAUUUGGAACUUAACCCUCAAGUCUCUCACACACACACAAACUCACACACACACACACACACACUGGAUUUUUGUGAUUUGAUGACUGAUUACCUUUUUCCUUUCAGCAAGUCUUGAUAUUCUACUGAUUUUAAUGUCUUCAUUGAAUUGAAUCCUCUAUUGUCUAGUCAAGGGGUGUAUGACGCUGGGUAGGGUGGGGUUAAACAGACACAGGGUGGGGCUUUUGCUUAUGAAUGUGAUUCCGAUGAAACAACACUUGACUUUUCUUCUUUAGUUCACUAUUUGUAUUCAUUUGGCAUAAAGGGGGUAUUUUUCCAUGUCAUUUGCACACUUGUUCAUCGCUGUUCAAUGGCUUAAUAAAGGCACUCACUAGGUGUUGUUUGUUAAUGAAAAGCACCGGACAGGAGCUCGCCUGUCAGUCACCUUCUGUCUCUUUUCUGUUUGGCUUGUUGACUUUGGUGCUGUCUCCCUGCUGAGUUAGAUCAUGUUUUUUUCUGUACAUAUUAUAAAUAUAUAUAAUAAAAUGAUGAAAAAGAUCAACAUCAACACAA